AUGCAGCUCUCCGUUCUCCUCGGCGCUUCCUUCGUGACCGUUGCCACGGCCUCACUUCCCCCCAUCAACUUGGGGUACUACGCCCUCCCGCAGCGCGUCAACCAGAUCGUCGCCUGGUCGCCCUUCACCCCGACCACGACCCAAGAGCUCCUCGACGUCUGCAACGAGCAGGGCCCGGCAUUCGGCACGCCGACGUGGACCGUCAUCCGGGCGGCCAGCACCUUCGCCUACGAGCCCAUCUGCCGGAACCCCUUCAGCAUCACCGACACUGACACCAACACCACCUACAACGACCUCGAGCUGGCGUGCGUCGACGACGACAUUGACUAUAACUUGUCGCCACAGGUUACUGCCGUGGUCGACAGGGCUACAAACAAGGCGGUCCAGACCUGCGUUUCGUUGCAGUCGGACGGCCGUGGUUUGUUCACGAAUUGCGGAGGCGGCUUCUCCUCGGCGCUCUACUACGAUUACGCCUGCACAAGCAUUUAG